AUGGGCACAUGCUAUGGCAAACGUUCAGCUUGUUAUGAUUUAACACGAAGUCAUCCUACAACAAUGGAAACAAUCUAUGAAUUAAAACCUCCUGAAACACCACCUGCAACAUUACGUCGUUUUAGUAGUUUACGACAUAGUGUAAAAUCAUUUUCAUCUGUCGCAUAUCAACGACGAAGUUUACGUUCAAAACCAAUAACAAUUAUUAAGCAAAGUCCAAAAAAUAAACAUUGGUGUAUUAUUAAAUAUAAUGAAACAAAAGAAGCACUUGUUUAA